CGAGGGCUAAGGAGACAAGACAAACGUUUGGCAAAAAGCAAGGCUCUGAGAAUAAGGCUGUGCCCUGUGCUGGGACUACAGCCAUGGAGAAAUCAGCCUCAUGCAAUCCCACUACUGAGGAAGACUUUGUGGUUCUUGAGAAGGAUGAGACGUGGACAUCACCGGGAGGGGAAAACGAUAUUGUUUUGAGGCACAGGAUAAACACAGAAAAGCCUGAAUCACUAAAUAAAAGAGGAAGUAAGGAAGACACACCUGAUAUCUGCAAUGUUGAUAACUUUGUACAUCCUUCCAAGAAUUCCCCUCAGGAAAAGGGUAAUGAAAAGAAAAGCAGAGGAAGCUCUGACACACUUUUAAUGGGAGCUGACACACGUGCUAGGACUUCACCCACGGUCUGUUUUAAGAGGGAAAUGGGUCAACGUUUGGCUGAAGUGACAGGCAGCAGGUGUCAGCUAAAAGGAGAUGGUUGUGUUGGAGCUGGAGCCCAGAGUGAGACAACUGGUAGCGGAAUAGCAGAGGGGGAGCAAAACUUGAGAGACCACACCAAGGAGAAAGUUUCUACUGACAUCCAGCAGGAGCACCUGUCAACGCUAAACAAAUCCAAAAGUCAGGAUAAGGAAAGCCACAGUUUGGGGUUUCUUCCACAAAGACAACAAGUGGAUCAGUCGUACCAGAACAGGUUUGCUGGGGCUGUGUAUAAGAGGGCUAAAGCAGGGGUCACGGGCAGUCUUUCAGCAUGCACCAAGAAAGAUGACAGCCAAGCUGUUGGCAAAGCAGCCAACUCUAUAACACCGCUACUGCAAGACAAUCCCCCAUUUACAGUGGAAGAAUGUGAUUUGAUCCCUAGUCCCCCUCUGCCAGAGAAUGGAGGCUGUGAUGGAAAGAUACAGGUCGCAAGCCUAAAGAAGGAGAGCGAGCUUGUUUGCUUCUCUGCUGUCAUCACCCCUCCACCUUUAACUCAUGUGAUGCCCAAUAGAGACACAAUGGUGAAGCAGCUUGACACAAAUGCGGUCAGUUCAACAAUGGCACCAGACGCCACGUCUAACAAAGGUGAAUCGGUGACAAAAGAAAAGCCCAAAAUCAAAGGUCCACCGCCACCGGUUCCCAAAAAGCCUAAAAAUCCAUUUAUAAAGCUGAAAACUGCACAGUUAAUGUCUACAGAUGUGCAAAGACGAGGAAAGGAACACCUGCGUUCAGAGGAGAGGGUCAAGAGGAGGCACACUUUUCAUUUUAACAGAGACCUUCCAUGCAGCACUCUAGCUAAUCAGGAUAUGUGCUUACUGUGGGAUGAAAAGGGCACUUACACUGUGCCAGCUAACAUUCGUCGACUCUCUGCUGACCUUAGCCCUUGGGACCAUCUUUCACUGAGGCACAUGGAUGACCGGUAUGGAGAUAUGAUUGACUUUGAGUACUGUGUGCGAAUGGCAAAUCUGUCUCCAGAGGAAGAGACACAAAACUUGGACAUGUGGCAGAAAAGAGUAUUCCCAGAGAGACGGACCAGAAGUAAAUGGUCACCUCCACCCUACGCACAAAAGCCCUCGAAUCCAUUUGAGACGCUUCCCAAACCGGUGGUCACAGCUGAGAAUGAAGGUGAAAGACCAAACCCUGCGUCUUCAGGGAAAAAAGAAAUAGACCCAGAGGUCCAAAUUGAAAGAGUCCACACACAAGUCAGCGACCAUAACCACGUUAACUAUGCUUACCAUAAAGAUAUAGGUGAUCGCAGCACUGAGAGAGAUGCAGGGGAUGGCAGUGAGACUGGUUCCUACAAGCCUGUGGCAAAAAUUAUCAAAGAAGCAAACCAAAUGCAGAGACAUCAGGCCGGACGGGGACCUGAAGGGUCCAAAGCUCCAGUUCGUGUGUCAGAGCAGAGUCCGAGCAUCAAAGUAUCCCAAAUGAAGAACGCCUUUGAUGUCCCAAAGAAAUCCAAAGAAAGGCCAGCAGAAUUGCAACAGUCUCCAAAGAAAGAUAUGAUGCGGCGAGUUGUGCGACAGAGCAAGUUCCGUCACGUGUUCGGCCAGGCCGUGAGGAACGACCAGUGCUACGAUGACAUCCGCGUGUCCAGGGUCACGUGGGAUAGCUCCUUCUGUGCCGUCAACCCCAAGUUUGUCGCCAUCAUCAUAGAGGCCAGCGGGGGAGGUGCUUUUCUUGUACUUCCUCUCCAAAAGACUGGCCGUAUAGACAAGGCCUACCCGACAGUAUGUGGUCACACAGGCCCAGUGUUGGACAUCGAGUGGUGUCCUCAUAAUGACCAUGUCAUUGCUAGCAGCUCGGAGGACUGCACAGUCAUGGUCUGGCAGAUACCUGAGAAUGGACUGGAAUCUCCCCUUUCAGAGCCUGUGGUUGUGUUAGAGGGCCAUUCUAAAAGGGUUGGCAUUGUGUCUUGGCACCCCACCGCACGCAAUGUUCUUCUCAGCGCAGGGUGUGACAAUCAGAUCAUCAUCUGGAAUGUGGGCACAGGAGAGGCUAUGAUAAACCUGGAGGACAUGCACCCUGAUGUUAUCUUUAGUGUCAGCUGGAGCCGCAACGGCAGCCUGCUCUGCACCGCCUGCAAGGACAAGAAGGUCCGCGUCAUUGACCCUCGUAAAAAAAAGAUCGUGGCGGAGAAGGACAAAGCUCACGAGGGAGCUCGGCCAAUGAGAGCAAUCUUUUUAGCAGAUGGAAACAUUUUCACCACUGGAUUCAGCCGCAUGAGCGAGCGCCAGCUAGCCCUCUGGAAAACUGAUAGCAUGGAUGAACCAAUAUGUGUUCAAGAGAUGGACACCAGUAAUGGAGUCCUGCUGCCCUUCUAUGACCCUGACACCAACAUAGUUUACCUGUGUGGAAAGGGUGACAGCAGCAUUCGGUACUUUGAGAUAACUGAUGAGGCACCAUUCGUUCACUACCUCAACACCUUUUCCACCAAGGAGCCCCAGAGGGGCAUGGGGUACAUGCCGAAAAGAGGUCUGGAUGUCAACAAAUGUGAAAUAGCAAGGUUUUACAAAUUACACGAGAGAAAAUGCGAACCAAUCAUCAUGACAGUCCCACGUAAGUCGGAUCUGUUCCAGGACGACCUGUACCCAGACACGGCCGGCCCUGAUCCCUCCCUGGAGGCAGAGGAGUGGUUUGCGGGCAAGAACGGUGGGCCCAUCCUGAUCUCACUGAAAGAUGGCUACGUCUCCACAAAGAACCGGGACCUGAAAGUGGUCAAGACGAAUGUUCUGGAGAGCAAGCCGGCCACAAAAGCGGAAACCGUCCCGACUGUCCAGAAGCACGCUUCUCCACAAUCCUCAGUAAAAAUGGAAGACAAGCUGGAAGAGGUGCUCCGAGAGUUCAAGUCACUCAGGGACCGCGUCAUCCUUCAGGACCGUCGAAUCGCCAGACUGGAAGAGCAGGUCGCAAAGGUCGCCAUGUAAGACGCGGCCCCUUCCCAGGACCGCUCGUCAUUUUUAGGGAGAGAACCGACCAGAUGGGGUCAGCCACGGCCAAAUUCAACAGAUUCGGCUUCAUCGAGCUUGGCAUCGUCCCCGUGACGAUUCCAAGCCCACAUUCCAAGAUGAACUUUUUAUCUUUCCUCAUCAAAGCCUUCUGUCUCACAUUUCGCCCCGACAGCACGGCGGGAAAAGGAAAAACUCUCGCAGCCCGUGUACACAUCUGAAGCAAAGACAUUUUUGUUGAAGGAACAGUCUUAAUUUUCUUUUAUUUUCUUUGUUUUUUUGUUUUUGUUUUUUUCAAAUCGUGGUUCUUAUGUAACGUUUGUACUCUACAACUGUAUGUAGCAUCAGUAUUUCCAUUGUUAAUUUUUGUGUUGCCAAAUAUGGAUUGUGUGCCAUUUCAUGCACUGCUUUUACAUUUUGUUUUUUUUCUCCUGUUGUACAUUCCAGUCACAGCCUGGUAGAAUGAUAUAGCCAACCUGGAUUGGUUUUUUUUAAACAGUAUACGCUUCUUCCUCCCAUCAGUUUGCUCAAUGAUAAUCCAUCAGAUUUAUGAAUGUGAAAGAAUCCCUUCUUAAAAAAACAUUUUAUUCCUGAUCUUCUGGGCUUUAAAUUUAACUGGGGUUUUAAUCGAGGGAGAGGGGUGGGAGGGGUGCAUCUCUCUGGUGUAAAUGUUGUGCAAAUGUAGUGGUGCCUCUCGUCACUGUCAAGGGUCAAAGGUUGCCCUCUCCAGUGUAUAUUGGUGUUGGGAAGGGACCACUCACCCAGCUCGUGUUUCACUCAAACCCCUCCCCCUGACGAACAGUUCUGUGCACAUAAUAAAGAUUUUACACAUGGGAACCCUC